GGCCACCGUGCCAACUUCACAUCCUCGUCAAACCGGCCAUCAACUCACCGCCAAAAAGUCCAGAAACAUCACUUCUGACAACAAAAAGUCGCCGCCGAUAGCCUAACUUGCGCACACUUCUCACGUAUAAAUAUCGAAUUGAUCUACCGUUGAGAUGGAAAGACACAGCUCUACAGAGACAAUCCCGCAAGACCGUGGUUUCACCCUCUUCACUAAACUACCACCCGAGGUACGCCUGACGAUAUGGGAAGCCGCCUUACCUGAGGAGAUACACCCUUUGUCGAGGGUAUGCGAGAUCUGGGUCUUGAACCAAGGUGACGACGAAAUUGCAACCUCCCCCCAAGCGAAAGUCUAUAUGAACUUCCUACGCUGUUGUCACGAAUCUCGUUGCCUGGCUCUGAGGCACGGAUGUGCCGCGCCACUCAAGAGCUUUGAAUCGGACAAUGAACCUCCAAAGCAAGUGUGGAUAGGAAAUGAGGUCGAGAUGGUUUUCCUCCCUUUCGAGCCGCGAUAUCUCGACAGGCUCAUUACUCUCCCACCCAAUGUCAAAACGCUCGCUGACACGAUCGGUAACACCUACGACCAUACACGUGUAGCCACCGUCGGAAAAUACAUCACUAAAUGGCGAGACGAAGGUGCUAUUGCUAUCGAUACACUAUACUUUGGUCUUGUGAACGAAUUUCCCAUGCACGUCUUUCCACCGUUUGGAUGAUUUGCUGCCGAAGAAUUGCUAACACAGUAUUUUGCAUCCAGUGACUACAAGGAAAUCGGAGAUGGGAUGAGAGUCUGUGUUGAUUCACCAAGGUUUGGAGGUGUUCGUAUGAUAUGGCCCAGGAGAUCUGUGCCUCGACCGAUGCAGACGACAGAGGAUAUUGGGAUCCUGGAGCUAGAUGAAGUAUUGUGGAUGAUGAAUGGUCAACAUGAAUUUUUGUAAAGGCGCUUACGGUUCAUAGACGCUAUUGGAAUUCUCGGUGGUGUUUGUUAUGUAAAGUCUGAGAAAGAAUACAUCUUUUUAUAAUG